UUUUUUUUUUUUUACGUUGUAUGCGGCUUACUACUGUACCCAAGUAGUUGUGAUAGCGAUUUAUUUGCUUUUUUUUGUUUUGCUGUGGGGUUAGAUCGCUGCUGGCUGACAUCCUUUGCGAUUGCGCGCGAUCCGUGUUUAAAACGGUCGCGAUUUUUUGCGUAAACGCGGUGUUUAAUUCGCCCGAUCUCCCGUUCUACCUGUUGUAUUCGUGUGGCCGUAGGAGCCCACAUCGCAGCGCACAGAGUCGGCGUGCACGUAUCCCCCUCCGCUCUGUGUUGCUCCCGAACGAUCCAGCCAACAUGGAGAGUUAAGGGCAACACAUCGGGACUAUUUUUUCCGCUAUUUCCCCCCCAAAAUAACUUCUCCAUGAUCUGGAUUCAAAGGCAUCCACGUUGCGCCAGUGUCCCCGAUGCAGCGGAUCACGGGGCCCGGGCUUUCACACACGGCAGACUCUUGUGUCAGGACCUAUCACUGGGCGUGUCUGACGUCGGCCCCGUGCGCUCCCAGACAUGAGUGUAAUCAGAGAAUUGCAUGGCCUGGGGUUCCGGGGUGGAGGGGGGGGUGGUGUCCUCUCUGAGCGGGCCUGCCCACUUCACUGAGGAUGCUCCCAGACCCCCAGUGCCCGGAGAGGAGGGUGACGUGGACCCUCCUGCCUCGUACGCCAGCACUCGUCCCAACGCCCUCUCCCAAACCUUUCACCCUCCCUCAUCCAAAAUGGGCGACACCUCCACGUACACCCCCUCGUCCUCCUCCGCUACCCCCCGCCGCCCCGACUUGGACCUGGGAUACGAGCCCGAGGGUUCUGCCUCUCCCACCCCUCCGUACCUGAAGUGGGCCGAGUCGCUCCACUCGCUGCUGGACGACCAGGAGGGCAUCCAGCUCUUCAGAAACUUCCUGUGCCAAGAGGGCUGUGCCGACCUGCUGGACUUCUGGUUCGCCUGCUCGGGCUUCAGGCAGACCAGUCAGGAGAAGAGGGCCAAGCUCGCCAAGGCCAUCUACAGGAAGUACAUCAUCGACGGCAGCGGCAUCGUGUCCCGACAGAUCAAACCGGCCACCAAGAGCUUCAUCCGGGACUGCGUAGGCAAGCCCCAUCCAGACCCGGCCAUGUUUGAGCAGGCCCAAACAGAGAUCCAGGCCAUGAUGGAGGAGAACACGUACCCUCUGUUCCUCAAGUCGGACCUGUACCUGGAAUUCACCCGCACCGGGGGAGAGAGCCCCAAACCCAACCCCAGCGACCAGAGCCCCUCUUCAGGUCCACCCAACACGGUGCCGGGGUACCUGCCCACGCUCGCCGAGAACGAGGAGUGGAGGUGUGCAGGGGCGCAGGAGGCCGAGGAGGACAGAGAUGCAGAGUGCUCGGACACUCCGGCCAGCAGACUGACCCACAGCCUUUUAAUGCAAACUGCCCCCCAGAGGGCAGUAGUGAGCAGGAGGAGGCCUGACAGCAGGGAGUACAGACCCUGGAGAGAGCCAGUGAACCCAUACUAUGCCAACCUGGGCUACGCUCGCGCCCCCGCCACCAGCGCCAACGACAGUGAGCAGCAGAGCAUGUCCAGUGACGCAGAUACUAUGUCCCUGACCGACAGCAGCAUAGAUGGGAUUCCUCCAUACAGGUUUCGAAAGCAGCAUCGAAAAGAGAUGCAUGAAAGUGCCAAAGCAAAUGGACGUGUUCCCCUACCUCAUAUACCUCGCAUGUACCGCAUGCCAAAGGACAUCCACGUGGAGCCAGAGCGCUUUGCAGCCGCCCUCAUCAGUAAACUGGAGACAGUGCUCCGAGAGCGCGAGGCUCAGGAGAGGCUGGAGGAGAGGCUCAAGAGAGUACGACUGGAAGAAGAGGGUGACGAUGCAGACAGCUCCAUGACCGCCUCCAUGUCGUCUCACAGUAUACCACUGUCCCUGCCCCCCACUUUCCCCCCUCUGUACGGAGCCCGGUACUGCGAGACCACCCCCGCCUGUGCCCCCACGUACGGGGGUCUGGUGGCCAUGGAGGACUCCCAUGAGGACGACCCCGAGUCCAUCCUGGACGAGCACGUGCAGCGGGUCAUGAAGACUCCGGGCUGCCAGUCUCCAGGAGCAGCCAACAGCACCUUAGGGGGGCGCCACAGUCCUCCCAAAUCCUCCCGCUCCCCUGACGGAGGCACGGGCCCUCCACACUACCCCCCACACCGUGCCCUCCCCGCCUCCGGGGCCAAAGGCAUGCAUCACAAACAGACGUAUCACCACAGAGGCAGAGAAGCACAGGAAGAGGCAGGCUCUAGGUCCCAGGCAAACUUCCUGUGGAACGGAGAGAGCGGCAGGAGCAGGAACUACGCAGACGGAGCAGGGGGCAGUAAUGUGGAGGGGCUGGGCUACAGCAGUAAGGGCAGCACACUAUCGCGGCGAGGGGGGAAGAAGCCCGAGGCGGCGGGUAAAGGGGAGGAGUCUGUACGGGCCUCAGACGCCCCGGUGCCUCUGGAGGACAUGGAGAGGAACCAGAAGAUCCUGCAGUGGAUGAUGGAGGGAGAGGCGCUCCGGCACAAGAAGAGCUCACACGGUGGAAGCACCAGUGGCUCCAGGAGAACAGGGACCAGCAGUGAGUCUCCGCGGCCCACCUCGGUGGAGCGUCCCGGGGCGGUGCACCCGUGGGUGUCUGCUCAGCUCCGGAACAACCCCUCCUCUGUGUCCCCCGCCAUCCCAUCUGCGACCAGCCAAGUGCAGCCUUCACAUCCAUUCAUCCAGGACCCAGCCAUGCCCCCCAACCCGGCCCCGAACCCCCUCACCCAGCUGGAGGAGGCGAGGAGAAGACUGGAGGAGGAGCGGAGGAGGGCGGCCGCGCAGCAGGCCAAGCAGAGGCACAAAUCUGCGAAGCGAGUGGAGCGCUGUGAGAACAUGACGGUGGCCUAUUACUUCUGUGGAGAGCCCAUCCCCUACAGGACGUCUGUGAAAGGGCGUGUGGUCACUCUGGGACAGUUCAAGGAGCUGCUUACCAAAAAGGGCCACUACAGGUUCUACUUCAAGAAAGUCAGUGAUGAGUUUGACUGCGGCGUCGUGUUUGAGGAGGUGAGGGACGACGACGCCAUCUUGCCCAUCUUUGAGGAGAAGAUCAUUGGGAAGGUGGAGAAGGUGGACUGAAGCAGAGGGCGCUAGAGCCACACGGAAGCAGGCAGAACGCACGGACAGGGGUUCGAACCUCAGGAACGCUUGAAGAACGUCGACGGAUGGACAGAGCCAAGUGAAACAAAAACCAGAACGGUGACGCAAGUUUUCAAGAUGGCGGUUGUAUGAAUAGAACCAGGUGCCUCCUCCACAGGUUUCUCCGAGGUUCCACUUCCACUACAGCGGACUCAGACGGACAGGAUCAGUAGUCUUCCGCAGACCAGUUUUAAAAUGCUGCUACAUUACCACAAACUCUCUCGUUAAAAAAAAAAAAAAGGUGCUCGCCAAUGUCCUGAAAGUGCUUUUUUUCGCUCCCCCCGCUGGAGGCUUGCUGUCUGGGGGGAGCGAGCGAGGGGGAGGCGGGCAGAGGAUGCUGGGAAGUAGAGUCCCUCUGCCCCUCCCGCUCACUCAAAACGUAGUAGUGGUUUUAACCGCGUAGAUGUCACGGCCACACGGAGACGCGAUUUCUCUUGUUUACCAAAGCGACAUAUUUUUCGAUGAGACGAGUAUUCUAGCUACUUGUUUUGCAUUUUAUUUCUGUAUGUACAAGGCAGGUACUUCUAAUGCAGCCCAAUUUUUUUUGUCAUAUCUCAGUACAAAUGUAUUUUGUGUAUGUUUCUAAGCUAGUUCAUUUGCCAUUUUGAGGACAGCUGAGAACUUUUAUUAUUAUCGCAUAUCUAUAUCUCGUAAUGGAACUACACCAGGCCUUCCUGAUGCUGACCAUGUCCUGGUUUAGGGAGGUUUCACACUACAGCUACCUUAGGCCGCUCCCUACUGCUUACCGCAAGAAUAACAGUGUUUCCCAUUAAUACAGGAGACUAUGGAGGUCCCGCAUAGUUUAAAACCUGAGCUAUAUAUUGGCAUAACAAAAUUAGACUUUGUUGCUCAUUGCAUUAUCAUACACAUGAAACAGACUGUUUAUAGGUCCCAUAGUGCGCUUUUUCUGAUCUGUGUUAUAAUGUUGUUUGAGUUGUGUUUUGUUUCAGUCACACUUGUUUAACCAAACUCCAUACUAGAAUCAUUUGGACAAUUUCAGCUCUGGAAUUGCCAGUCUGUACUGAAGUAGCUGGUAACCUGAAAACCACCACUUGAUGACAUCUUAAGGUGGAACAGAGCAUUUUGAGCUUUGGAGAGGGUUAGUCAAACAUGUAAAUGAAGCAAAACAGGACUCCAGGUAUGUGUUUGAGGAGGUAACAACAUUCCAACAUGGCUUAAAGUUCAGUUCUUAAAGAGUCAAGUCCACGUAAUAUAGGACCUUUUAAAGAUUGAGGAUUGGAUGAUGUCAUAAACAUGAAGUGACAUUUAUGCUCCAUGAAAUGAUUCAAAUAAAAUAAUUACUGCCACCAUAGUUUGACUAAAUCAAUGGGAAACACUGAGAAUAACCACUUGUAUGUUCUCCUCAUUUGUCUGACAGACCAUCAGGCCUGUGCGUUCCACAGUUUUUAUUUAGUUUAUUUUUUUUUUUAUUGUGCAACGAUUUAUUCAAAUCAACAGUCAUCACGUUUGUACAGUGCCUCUGCCAAAAGCGUUAGAGCAAAGCUGAUGUAUCCUAAAGUCUCCCCUCCUUGUGCUUCUAGCCUCCCCCGGCACAGCUGAGGAGAGUGAAUGUACUCCGCCCUCAGCUCGUACACACGUACACACACAGGCACGCACGUGUGUCACCUUUGUGCUGUUUAACUGAAUGUGGUGUCACACACACCAGGCCUCUGGAGGAAUGUUAGAAUAUUGAUUAGACAUUGGAAAACAAGUUAACUUUAUUCAGCCCAUUAUGCCUUUAAUAAGCAAAACCAUAGUUUUAAUGUAUUGUUUAUAAAAAAAAAAAGUCAUUUGAAUAAUCACCAAGCAUGUUCUUUUUAACCAAUGUUUCCUGAUGAGUUGAAUAUCUAUUUUAUUUGAUUGUUUAUGAUAAACUUUUAUGGCCCUAUGAUAUAUUUUAUUGGUUUUGUUCGAAUGCCCAGGGACAGUUGAAUGACAUUAUUCUCAAGUGUCUUCUGUGAGUUUGUGUGAAACCCAGUGCCUUUCCCAUAAGUCUGUAUGACCCAUGCUUUGACUGUAUUUUGAUGCAGGUGUAUUUAGCUGACUGGCUCUGGUCUAAUAGAAGCGCUGCUGUAAAUAUGUACAUUCUCAUUUCAUACAGAGCUGCACCACGUCCACAUGUCACUGUGCUGGUUCCACUUGUACAUUUCUUUUCAAAAGGUACUUCAUAAUAAAGCUGUUGAAUCAA